AACUCAACACAACGGCUCCUCCGUUCCUCUCAAUGUAGUAGGGGCGUUUGGCACUGACAUGGAGCUUGCAAGAGCUAUUCGCGAUGUCAACAAGUCCCCCAAUCUGCAUAUUGGGCAAUCAAGAUAAUGUUAGUGUGCAAAGACUUGCUGUAUGCCACCAGUUAUACAUGAAGACUUAGAAUGCGAUCUUUGCUGUGGGCUAUUUUGACCAUCACGUUUUAUCUUGGGAUUCUAAUACAGCAAUCGAAAGCAUGUUUCAGUAAUAAUAAGGGCGACGGCAGCAUUAGCCCCAUCAUUCUGUUAGCCAACGAUGAUCCAAGAACGUUGUCAUCUCCAGGAUACCCUAUUUCAUACAGACCUGGAACACAAUGCAUGUGGGAACUGCAGGCCGUUAAACUCUAUGCCAGGGUCAAGGUCACGGUGCUUAGCAUGGACCUUCUUACUACAGUACCAACCAUGUGUCUGCACAAUGUCAGUCUGUACGAAGGAUAUCAUGGAGGUGUUUCCCAGAUGUCUCCUGCGGUUAUCUUAUGCAACAAGGACACUACAGAGUUCCUCAGCAAGGGACCAGAUGUGACAGUUGUCUUCAAAACAAAUAAGCUUGGUUCAGGGAAAGGCUUCCUACUAGAAUAUAGUCAGGAUAAUACGCUGCAAGAAAAGUCAGAUCCUGUACCAAUUUUUGUCGGAGUGCUGGGAUUCUUAGGAGUCAUAAUAUUCUUAGUCGUCUGUUAUGCAUUGAAGAAGAGACAGGCGAACCAAAUGGCCCAGCGGGUGCCUCAACAUCAGUUUCCAAGACCACCACCCAGAGACUUGGCUCGACCUUUCCUUCCAAACAAUGAUGUAACCCACACUGACAAUACCUCCAGUAAUACUCGGAAUACAAAUAACAGCAGGGCCAGGAACAACAACCUGCCACCAACAUACCAGGAAGUGUAUAUUAGACCUUCAACAGGGACUGAUCUGGAGCCAUCAGCCCCUCCCAUGCCAUUACCACCAAGUUAUGAGGAUGCAGUUAGCAAGGGGAUGAUUCUGGGUGAUAGAGAAACACGGCUUUGACGUCACUUGUACUAGGAUGUUUAAUCCCAAAUGGAAAACGUCAUAGUAAAAUAUUAAGUUGUCAUAUGACAUGUGUUAAUACCAAAGAUAGGACUUUAUGGAUAUCAUCUUCUUGUUUAUUGCACAGAGAUAUGUUUUGGUGUAGAUUCAUACACCAUUGUCAAGCUAAAGUGACCUGACCCCCUACACCAUCACCUCAAUGCCCAACAUCCAUGUAUCAAGUUUACCAUAGAGACAGAGAACAAUAACAAACUUCCCUUCAUAGAUGUUCAUAUAUCCGGAGACCUCAGCAAAAAUGAUUCGAACCCAUCCAUUCAGUAUAUUAGUUUCAAUUCUAACCCACUCCCUGAAACUAAGUCUUGCUUCAUCUCAACCCUGACCCUGAACAUGAGCAAGUCAUCUAUAGCAUAUGUUCACCAAUCUGUACCAGUAUCCUACCAAGCUAUUGAUGAGAACCAUUUUAACCACUCAAGUCGAAAUACAAACCAAAUCUAGCCCCAUCAAAAAACCUCUACCGUACAUUGGCAAAACUUCUCAUCAAAUCAGCAGACCAGUAAGUAACAUAGGCUCAGUAUUAUUUGUUACACUGCUAUACUGAGUGUAACAAGACCUUGUCAGGUAACCUUUGAGCGAC